AUGAUUCCUCUCUAUCUGCCCUCUCCUUCCUCCUUAUUUUUCCACUCUAUCUGCCCUCUCCUUCCUCCUUAUUAUUCCUCUCUAUCUAACCUCUCCUUCCACCUUAUUAUUCCUCUCUGCCCUCUUCUUCCUCCUUAUUAUACUUCUCUAUCUGCCCUCUCCUUCCUCCUUAUUAUUUCUCUCUAUCUGCCCUCUCCUUCCUCUUUAUUAUUCCUCUCUAACUUCCCUCUCAUUCCUUCUUAUUAUUCCAUUCUAUCUGCCCUCUCCUUCCUCCUUAUUAUUCCACUCUAUCUGCACUCUCCUUCCUCCUUAUUAUUCCACUCUAUCUGCCCUCUCCUUCCUCCUUAUUAUUCCAUUCUAUCUGCCCUCUCCUUCCUCCUUAUUAUUCCACUCUAUCUGCACUCUCCUUCCUCCUUAUUAUUCCUCUCUAUCUGCCCUCUCCUUCCUCCUUAUUAUUCCACUCUACCUGCACUCUCCUUCCUCCUCAUUAUUCCACUCUAUCUGCCCUCUCCUUCCUCCUUAUUAUUCCACUUUAUCUGCCCUCUCCUUCCUCCUCAUUAUUCCUCACUAUCUGCCCUCUCCUUCCUCCUCAUUAUUCUACUCUAUCUGCCCUCUCCUUCCUCCUCAUUAUUCCACUCUAUCUGCCCUCUCCUUCCUCCUUAUUAUUCCACUCUGCCCUCUUCAUCCUCCUUAUUAUACCUCUCUAUCUGCCCUCUCCUUCCUCCUUAUUAUUUCUCUCUAUCUGCCCUCUCCUUCCUCUUUAUUAUUCCUCUCUAA